AUGAGCUCAGAACCAGAGAAACACCCAAUAUCCUCCAACAUGGAUCUAGAAACAAAAGGCGACCUAAUAUCUACCGGCAAGGCCGAUGCAGCCCUCGACUUUCUCCGCUCAGAAGAUGUGGCAGAUCUAUCAGAGGUCGAUGAGAAAGCACUCGUCCGCAAGAUUGACUGGAUGAUCAUGCCGUUGAUGUGGGCGGCUUAUAAUUUACAGUAUCUGGACAAGGUGCUUAUCAAUUAUGCUUCGGUCAUGGGCUUGCUGAGUGAUACCAAUAUGCACACUGAUCAAUUCUCGAAUCUAACACUGGCGUUCUAUGUGACGUACUUGUUCUUCGAGUUGCCUACUGGGUUCUUGAUGCAGCGGUUGCCUACGGCCAAGUAUUUAGGGUUUAAUGUCACUUUAUGGGGCCUUAUGACAACUUUGAACUGCACGGCGAAGAACUUCCCCGGACUGAUGGUACUCCGGGUUUUACUCGGUUGUUUCGAGAGUGCAAUUGCACCGGCAUUAAUCCUCAUCACUUCAAUGUGGUAUAAAAGAGACGAACAACCCAAAAGAAUGGGAAUAUGGUAUCUAGGCACCGGCACCGCGUCAAUAAUGGGCGCACUAGUAGCCUACGGCCUCCUCUUCUACACCUCCAACACCUUCAAGCCCUGGCAAAUAAUGUUCCUCAUCUUCGGCCUAAUAACUAUAGCCGUCGGAAUCAGCAUAACGAUCUUCCUCCCGGACAACCCCAUGACAUCGCGUCUAAGCCACAGCGAAAAACUCCUCGCCAUCGAACGACUCCGCGAAAACCAAACCGGCAUCGAAAACAAGCACUUUAAACGCAGCCAGUUUGUUGAGAUCUUCACCGAUCCGCAGACUUAUCUGAUUGCCAUUAUCGUGACAGCGAUGGACGUGCCCAAUGCGGCCAUGAGCUCGUUCACGUCGCUUAUUAUCAAGAACUUCGGGUAUACGACCAAAGAGACGGAAUUACUGAAUAUUCCCAACGGCGCCGUGAGCAUCGUCACUAUCCUGGCUGUGUCGUGGACUGCGGGUCGCUAUAACCAGCGCUGUUUGUGUAUUGUUGCUGCUCUCUCGGCUGGGUUGCUUGGGGGUUGUACUGGGUCUGCGUUGCCGAUUAUGUAUUCGCUUGCUGGGGCGAAUGUGGCGGGUCAUACCAAGAAGGUUUCUAUGAAUGCGGUUUUGCUGAUGUCGUUUUGUUUGGGAAAUAUUUUGGGACCGCUGACUUUCCGGACGGAGGAUGAGCCGGAUUAUGUCCCGGCGAAGAUCGCUAUUGUUGCGACGCUUGCUGUUGCGAUUGUUUUUACUUUUGCGCUGAGGGGGUAUUAUGUUUGGGAGAAUUCCAGGAGGGAGAAGGCUGGUGAGGGGAGCGGAGAGGUUGGGUUUUUGGAUUUGACUGAUCGCGAGAAUAGAGGGUUUAGGUAUGCACUCUAG